CCGCCGUGCGUGUCCUGCCUUGUGCUCGCCAAAAUCUAGGACGGGUGGCCGCGAGUUGGCCGCCUGGCUGAACGUGACUGCUGAGUGGAACCGUGCUGACCACCCCUUCGAUCUCUUUCUCAUCACAGAGAAUGUGGUGCAAACUCCAGGAGACUUGAGCCUCAAGGCUUUCUGUCUGGACCCAGCGUGGUUGCAGUCCUGCACUUUCUGGCUUGCAGGAGGUCAAAGGACAGCACGCAGGCACUCGGAAACUAGGCUGUGGCCAUGGGCGAGGCAGUCGGUGCUGAGGAGGCCAGCCGGCACAUUGGAACUAAAGAAGAAUUUGUUAAAGUCAGAAAGAAGGACCUGGAGCGGUUGACAACUGAAGUGAUGCAAAUACGGGACUUCUUACCCAGAAUACUAAAUGGGGAGGUACUGGAAAGCUUCCAGAAGUUAAAGAUUGUAGAGAAAAACCUUGAAAGGAAAGAACAAGAAUUAGAGCAGCUGAAGUUGGACUUCGAACACUUCAAAGCCCGCCUGGAAACUGUGCAGGCCGACAGCGGGAAGGAGAGGAAGGAGAAGCUGGCUCUUCGACAACAGCUGAUUGAAGCCAAACAGCAGCUCCUACAACAGGCCGAGUAUUGUACAGAAAUGGGAGCGGCCGCCUGCACCCUCCUGUGGGGUGUCUCCAGCAGCGAGGAAGUUGUCAAGGCCAUCCUGGCUGGAGAAAAGGCUCUGAAGUUCUUCAGAAUCACCGGUCAGACAAUGGAGAGUUUUGUGAAGUCACUGGAUGGCGAUGUUAAAGAGCUGGAUUCUGACGAAAAUCAGUUUGUUUUUGCACUGGCUGGAAUUGUAACAAAUGUUGCUGCCAUAGCAUGCGGUCGUGAAUUCCUGGUUAAUUCUAGUCGGGUGCUCCUGGACACCAUGUUACAGCUGCUGGGGGACUUGAAGCCAGGACAGUGCACCAAACUCAAAGUGUUAAUGCUGAUGUCCUUGUACAAUGUGAGCAUCAAUUCCAAAGGCUUGAAAUACAUCAGUGAGAGCCCAGGAUUCAUCCCUUUGCUAUGGUGGCUUCUAAGUGAUCCAGAUGUAGAGGUGUGUCUCCAUGUACUGCGGCUCAUCCAGUCUGUGGUUCUGGAACCGGAAGUCUUCUCCAAGUCAGCCGCUGAGUUCCGGAACUCUCUACCUCUGCAGCGCAUCUUGGCCAUGUCGAAAAGCCGCAACCCGCACCUGCAGAGCGCCGCCCAGGAGCUCCUGGACGACCUCCACACCCUGGAGCGCAAUGAGUAGGUGCGCUCAGUCCCAGGGGGUCUGGUGACGUGCCUGUGUCCCACUCUUCCCAGUUCCUCAGUGUGUAUCCAAGCCAUCUCCUGGUGCUGUGUGUUAGAGGUGGCCCGGAGGGUGACUGACAGGAGAUAGGCAGAGUGGAGUGGUAUUCCACAGCACUCUCUCUGGAAAGACACUGCACUGUGAGUGUUGAAUCUUGCCAGAGCAGGGAGUCCUCUGGAAAAGCCAUUCCAGGACUACCUGCAAGAGGCCUUCCUAGAAUAGCUCCUCACUGCCCCAUACACUGUCCAUGCCUGUUCAUUACCAUAAAGAUGGGAGAUCCGAUCACCGUCUGCCUGUGGUCAGCAUUUCUCCACAUACAUUUCUUUGAAAAUCAACUUAUUCUCUCUCUAGUAAUUGGAAUGAAUACCUCUGUUAUGCAGGUUUACCUUUAUAACCUUUGGAGACCCUGUGAUUUCAUAUGACGUUGUACAUUUUAGUUGUUUAUUUUUGGGGCCUCUAUUUUUGAAU